AUGGCUAGAUCGGAAAUUCAAAGCAUCACGAUACAUCAAAAGAUAUUUCAAAUUAUUAUCACUGAUGAGAUAGUUGAGAAAACAACUCGACAAUAUAAUAAAGAAAAUAGAAAUCGAACUGUUUACGAUGAUUUGCGAAAAGAGAUUCAAAGAAAAUUUGUUUCUAUUGCAAUUCUUCUGAUCCACGAACGUGCUGCCAAACGUUUCCGUCAAGCUCCAAUAUUUCGCUUUAAAAUUUAA